AGAGGCGUAAUGGGCACCUAUUAUUUUGACGUAUGCUGGUCCUGGUCUGAGGGUGUGUUUACAUCUGUGUCAUAGCAUUUUAUCGAACGGACUAACAUCUGAAUCAUCAGCAUCAUGUUCCACGGGAUAGCAGGUAGUGGAGGAGUCGGGGCAGCUCCGGCUAACAAACCUGAGUUAUAUGAGGAGGUCAAACUUUACAAAAAUGCACGGGAACGAGAAAAGUACGAUAACAUGGCCGAGUUGUUUGCUGUUGUAAAGACCUUACAGGCUUUGGAGAAGGCUUACAUCAAAGACUGCGUAUCCCCCAGCGAGUACACGGCUUCCUGCUCCAGACUCUUGGUUCAAUAUAAAGCUGCUUUCAAACAGGUGCAAGGCUCCGACGUGGGCUCCAUCGAUGAAUUCUGCAGGAAAUACAGACUUGACUGCCCGCUUGCAAUGGAGAGGAUUAAGGAAGAUCGACCAAUUACCAUCAAAGACGAUAAGGGCAACCUGAACCGCUGCAUCGCAGAUAUAGUUUCCCUCUUCAUCACUGUUAUGGACAAGCUGAGACUGGAGAUCAGAGCCAUGGAUGAGAUCCAACCAGACCUGAGAGAGCUGAUGGAAACCAUGAACAGGAUGAGCAAUAUGCCUCCAGACUCUGAGGCAAAGGACAAAGUGAGCCUCUGGUUGACCACCCUUAGCGGCAUGUCUGCCUCAGACGAGCUGGAUGAUAACCAGGUUCGCCAGAUGCUCUUCGAUCUGGAAUCAGCCUACAAUGCCUUCAACCGCUUCCUCCACUCUUCCUAAAGCUUCUGUCUAACAUAGAUCUUAACUUUUUGGAACUCUGGUUAAGUAAAAAAAAAUAAAACGCUACUUUUCCCUGCUUGUUCUGGCACAGUGUGAACUUAUAUCGGAACAGUUUUUCAGUCACUCUCUUGCCAGUUUCUGUAAGU